AUGCCUUCAAGAAGGGGAACGGCGCCUCGGGGCGUCGCCAUCGCCGGCACCGAACAUUUCGGGCUGAGCAUUCACCCGGAGCAAGCCCCCUCCCGUCGAGGCCUCCUACACCAGCAGGGCAGCCAUAGGCCAGCCCGCAUACCAUCGUCGACGACCACCUCACCAACCAACACUCCGCCGCUGCCGCAAGGAGGCAGCCAGCCCAUGUUGCCGCCCACCGAGCUUCACCACACGACACAUCCACCGCAGCACCUCAUGCCCCAGCAAACGCCAUGCCAGGCCGCGCCCAAGACGCAGCUGGCAGCCGCCACCCCGGGGCCGCCGCCCCGGCAUCCACUCCGCACCAGAGGCACGCCGGCCGGAGGAGGAGGUGCUCCCCGGACUAGCAAACCCGUCUCCCAUCACCUCCGCGCCGCUCCUCGCCCUCCCUGGCAACCACGCACGCCCAGGGAGGAGGAGAGCACCUCCGCAGCAACCCAGCAGCUCCUCGCUAGGCCACGCCCCGCUGGGCACAGCACCCAUCCUCCGCCGCAACACAGCACGUGCGACGCCCGCCGCGGCCCGGAUCGGGCCCGGGUCGGCCCGCCCGCCCCCGCCACCCCGCAGCCGCCCACGACCGCGCCGCCGCGGCCCGCAGUGCCCAUCCAUCUCUCUCCGCCCGCGGCAGCCGACGAAGCUCCAGGGCCGCCGCCACGGCUUCCUCUCCCGGUCCGGCGACGCCCCACACGGGCCGGCCUCUCCGACGAAGGAGCACGGGACCCCUCACCCCCUUUGGAGAUGAGGCCCGCCGCCACCGCGGCAAGGGCCGGCGGCAGCGGCGGCAGGGCGGUGCGGUCCGGCUCGCCGGCGGCGCGGCUAGGUUUGGCUCCCGGCGUCGCCUGGGGAGCGACGCGAGGAGCGAGCAACAACUAUCCGCAUUAA